AACAUUGUUGAGAGAGCCAUCCGGAGCCACGUGGCAGCUCCGGAUUGGAGCACGUUGGGCGCGUGCACGACACGCGCCGACAAGGCGCGUGUCGUGUCAGUUGGAGAGGAGAGAGAGGACAGAGAGGAUAGGAUGGGACGCGUGGCAGCGUCCCAUUGGCGGACCGGAUUUUUUUUUUUUAAAAACUUUAAACUGAAUUAUCUUGUUGAAAAAAAAUAAUUUUAAUUUUUUUUUUUACCAAAAUUCAUAACUUUUUUUUCUCUAUAAAUAGAGACUUGGUUUGUUAGAUUUGGACACAGAAAAAAAAACCAAGUUUUUCCCCAUCUUAUUAUCUCUCUCACCAUCUUAUUAUCCUUCUAUUAGCAUUUGUUUUGAAAUGGAUCCCAACAAUCAUCAUUACAACACCCAGAAUUCUUCAAGCUACCCAAUUUCCAACCAAAAUCCCAACAACUAUGAAGAUCCAAAUCAAUUUUCUUACCCACGUCCUCAAAAUCCCACCAAUUAUCAGGUCCCACAUCAAUUCUCCAACCAACGUCCUCAAAAUCCAAACUAUUUUCAAGUCCCACAUCAAUUCUCCAACCAACAUCCUCAAAAUCCAAACUAUUAUCCAGAUCCAAAUCAAUAUUCGAACCAGUCAUCAUUUGUUCCAAACUCUCAUCCAUCUUAUGGAUCUGUGAGAUAUCCAUCUCAAACACCCCAGUCUAGUGGUUAUAUGCCAAUGGUUCGUGAAAAUUUUCCUAGUGUUGAUGGACCGGAAUUUUCAACACAAGUCAAUCUUGGUGACGGGUCAGCUGAUAAUGAAGUCAAUGAAGUCACUCCUAAGAGCAAAAAAACGCAUGCACCCGCAUGGAACACUGCACAAAAUUUGGUGCUAAUUAGUGGGUGGAUUAACUGUGGAACAAGCAGUGUUGUGGGGAAAAACCAGAAAGGAGAAACAUUUUGGAGAGAUAUUGCUGAGUAUUGUAAUGAGCAUUGCUCAUUCGAUCCUCCGCGUGAUGGAAUUGCAUGUCGAAACCGUUGGAAUUAUAUGAACAAAAUACUGGGUAAAUGGAUUGGCGCUUAUGAUGCCGCUAAGCGUCAACAAGGAAGCGGUUGGUCGGAUAAUGAUGUUUUGGCAAAAGCGCAGGAAUUAUUCGCAUGUGGGAAGAAUGUUCAAUUUACUUUGAUGGAAGAAUGGAUCGCUCUCCUUAUUCUUGAAGCAGUUGCAUCUCAUGAUCUAUGGAUCUGGCAUGGAAAGGCUCCAACUGUGAGUUUCAUUGUGAAUCAACGUCCCUAUAAUAUGGCAUACUAUCUAGCUGAUGGUAUCUACCAUUCUUAUCCAACUUUCGUCAAAUCGAUCAGACUUCCUCAAAGUGAACCGGAUAAGUUGUUUGCACAAGUUCAGGAGAGAUGUCGGAAGGACAUCGAACGUGCAUUUGGAGUUCUUCAAGCUCGUUUUAAAAUCAUCCGUGAACCAGCUCGUUUGUGGGACAUAGCUGAUUUGGGUAUCAUUAUGAGGUCAUGCAUCAUAUUACAUAAUAUGAUUGUUGAGGAUGAACGAGAUACAUUUGCUCAACGUUGGACUGAUUUUGAGCAAUCUGGGGAAGGUGGAUCUAGUACACUGCAACCAUACUCGACCGAGGUGUUACCCGCUUUUGCAAAUCAUGUGCGUGCUAGAUCCGAGUUGCGUGAUUCGAACGUUCAUCACGAACUGCAAGCAGAUCUAGUGAAGCACAUAUGGACAAAGUUUGCAAAUGCUUCGUGAUGGAAGAUGAUUUGUAUCGUACUAAUUACGUUAUUUGUGUGUUGUGUGCUUAGUUUGUUGUCUUGCAUUUUAAGUUAAGAAAAUAAAAUAUAUUAUUGUGUGCUUCGUUUAUCGUCUUCCAUUUUUUAGUUAAGGAAAUAAAAUAAAUUAUUAUCUAUAUUAAAAAAAAUUA